AUGGUGUACCAACACCCACACCAGGUCACAUUUUUGACCUUCGCCCUCCCUCACCCACCAGCCACGAUUAGAGCAGGAUACCUUUCUCUUCAAGUUAAACCUUAUUUCAGAAAUCCGCAAAGAUGUUUCAGAUGCCAGCGUUUCGGACAUUCGAGCAAAACAUGCACCGGCUUAGAGACAUGUAGCAGAUGUGGUCAAAGUGGCCACAAUGACAAAGAUUGCACAAGCGGAGAAGAGCACUGUGUGAACUGUAAGGGCAAGCACUCUUCAAGCUCUCGUAGUUGCAAGAUUUAUUUGGAGGAGAAAGAGAUAUUGAAGUUGGUUACAAUAGAAAAACUGUCUUUUGGCGACGCCCGUAGGGAGUAUAGGAGACGACUUGGACAAACUCCAAGAAAAGACAUCUCCUACUCUCAGGCCGCUUCUGCUUCUCCAGCCCAGCCCGCACAGUGCUCCUCCUGCUCCGCUCUGGAGGGCAUGGUGCGAGAACUCACUAAACAGGUCGCUGCCUUGGUGCAGCAGUUAAAUGCCAAGGCCUUGCCGCAAACCCAAGCGAGUAGUCAUACGACUUCUGCCCCCGUAGCAAAGGGACCCCCGAAUACAAACAGGAGCCAUUCCCAGGCCAGUUUCUGUGUCCGUGGCACCCGCUAA